AUGACUCAAAACUAUCCUUACGCCAAUCCCGCGUUUGCAGCUCCUGUCAAUGGAGCCCCGAUGCCAGUUCGGUCACCAUCACAAGGCCUUUCUCCUCCCACAACUCCAAACAUGCAGAACAGGGCUGGUUCACCAUCACUGCAACAGGAACCUCAUCACUCCAGUCGACGCGCUAGACGCCAUUAUCCAACCUAUGUCCAACAGCAACCACAACCACAACAACAGCCGUUGCCACCUUCGCCCAUGCAACAACCACCCAUGCCACAACCUGUCAUGCCAACACCAUCCACCAACGACUAUGCUGCUGCCGCUGCUGCUACUCCAGCAGGACUCGCUAAUGGUGUGGCCAAUAUGAAUCUAUACAACAAUGCUCCCAGUAAUCCAGCACGAGAUGAUGUACCUCUUGUGGGGCAGGCACCUCUCAUUAACGACUUGGAUACGGCUCCUCCUACUGCUCACGUUCCUCAACAUAUGACAGUUACACCAUCUCCUCACGCUCAAUCUAGUUCAACCUUUAUACGUUCAACAUUAAACGCUGUGCCUUCCUCCAAUGCCUUGUUGAAAAAGAGCAAGCUUCCUUUGGCGCUUUUACUCGAACCUUAUCCUUCAGUCAAUGAAAAUGUACCUGUGGUUUCCGAUACUGUUAUUGCUCGGUGUACUCGGUGCAAAUCCUAUAUCAAUCCCUUUGUACGAUUCAGCCAAGGUGCUCUUAAAUGGCAAUGCAACUUGUGUGGAUUGGAUAACGAUGUACCUAGUGCAUUUGAUUGGGAUGUUGUCAACCAGCUAUCAGUGGAUCGUUGGCAACGCGUGGAACUCAAUUACGGUUGCGUUGAUUUUAUGGCUUCAGCUGAAUACAUGGAACGCCCGCCACAACCACCUGCUUACGUCUUUGUGAUUGAUACAUCCUAUCAAGCCGUACAAACCGGCAUGGUCAACGUCACUGCCACUGCCAUUUUGGAUUCACUGGACAAGAUACCCAAUGAUGAUGGUCGUACCAAGGUUGCUUUUAUUACAGUGGACAAUGCAGUUGGCUUUUAUAAGCUAGCAGGAGAGGAACCUGAAAUGCUGGUUGUGGGAGACUUGAUGGAAGUGUAUCUGCCUCGUGCUGCAAGCGACUUGUUGGUCGAGUUGACGGAUGCCAAAGCAGUGGUGCAAGAUUUAUUGGAGCGUUUAAAGACGAUGCAUAAUGGGACUCACAUGGUUAACAAUUGCCUGGGAACAGCUUUACAAGCAGCUCGUAAAUUGUUGUCAUCCACGGGAGGAAAGAUCAUUUGUUUCCAAGGAAGUCUUCCUAGCAUGGGAGAUGGCACAGUGAGACCAGCUGAUGAAAAGAAGGCCGUGAUCGAUACAGCUAUUAUGGCGCCAUCCAACAUGUUUUAUCGUACCUUUGCCACUGAAUGUGCAAAGUCGCAAGUGUGUGCCGACAUGUUUGUUUUUGGAACAGGACCUCAUGCUGAUGUGGCUACCAUGAACGUUAUUCCUCGAUUCACAGGUGGUCAAACACACUUUUUCCCUGGAUUCAAUGCCAAGAACCCUGCCGAUGUCCAAAAGUUGACCCAUGAAAUCCAAUCGCUAUUGGGUGAGCAGAUUGGCUUGGAGGCGGUGAUGCGUACACGUUGUUCUCCUGGUUUGGUGUGCCACGCUUUCCAUGGCAAUUGCACAACUCGAGUACCAGACAUUAUGGCAUUGCCCAACGUACCACGUGAUCAAUCUUAUUGCAUCGAGCUCACCCUUGAAGAUGAUAUCCAAUCAAGCCAUGUCUAUUUCCAAACGGCUCUUUUGUACACAACAUGCUUUGGAGAACGCCGCAUCCGUGUCAUCAACCUUUGCCUUCCUGUGGCACGCACUCUACCAGAAAUAUUUUCAUCAGUCGAUCAGGUCGCUAUUGCUCGUGCUCUUUGUCAUGAAGCUAUCGAUAAGGCUGUGACACAAAAGCUGAAGGAUGCAAGGGACUUGCUAGCAAAGGGCACCAUCGACAUUUCUAGUGCUUAUGCAAGAGAGGUGAUUGGAUCAGUAGCAUCGGGAGCAGCACGAUUAUCUCUAAGUCGCAAUUUGGCAAUGUUGCCAUUCCUUGCUCUUGGUGUGCUCAAGACAGAUACCUUUAAUGAAGCUGGCAACAUUCCAAUGGACAUGCGUGCACAAUCCACUGUUCUUCUCAGGACGUUGCCUACUUCAUUGUGGCUCGAAUACGUUGCUCCAAAGUUUUAUGCACUACAUUGUAUGCCACAGCAGGCUGGAACCAAUGAUCCUCAAACAGGUCGAUGUGUUAUGCCACCACGCAUGAAUUUGACAAGUGAAAAGUUUGAGCGCCAUGGCUGCUAUCUUAUCCACGACAGUCAACGAAUCUACAUUUGGAUUGGUAAAGAUGCUGUGCCACAGCUAUGCAAUGACUUGCUCGGCGUACCAAACAUUGGCCAAGUGCAAUCUGGACAGAUGGUUGAGCUUCCCCAAUUGAAGAAUGCCUUCUCUCAACGCGUAUCAAGUAUUGUCCAUGCGAUUCAAAAGCAACAUCAAGGCACCUAUUUCCCCUCAUUGUAUAUUGUCAAAGAAGAUGGUGAUCCCAUGUUACGAGCCAUGUGCCUAAGUCGACUUGUGGAAGAUCGAUUACCAACAGGCCCAUCAACAGCAGGUGCAAAUCAACAACAAGUCAGCUCGGGGAUGAGUUAUUUCCAAUGGCUCGGAUUUGUGCGUUCAAAAUGCCAGUAA